AUGGACUCCUCCGAAAAAAUCAAUAACCCUGCUGACAUCUCAGUCAUAGUCAUCUAUUUUGUGGUAGUCCUAGCAGUGGGACUAUGGGCCAUGCUCUCAACAAACCGAGGGACUGUGGGUGGAUUCUUCCUAGCUGGACGGAGCAUGGUGUGGUGGCCGAUUGGUGCUUCUCUGUUUGCCAGUAACAUUGGCAGUGGGCACUUUGUGGGCUUGGCAGGCACAGGAGCGGCUGCAGGAAUUGCCACUGGAGGAUUUGAAUGGAACGCCCUGAUAUUUGUGGUGAUUCUUGGCUGGUUAUUUGUUCCCAUCUACAUCAAGGCUGGGGUGGUGACGAUGCCAGAAUAUCUCAAGAAGCGGUUUGGCGGCCGACGGAUUCAGAUGUAUCUGUCAGUCCUUUCUCUGCUCCUCUAUAUUUUCACCAAGAUCUCGGCAGAUAUAUUCUCUGGAGCUAUAUUUAUCCAAAUAGCCAUGGGGCUGAAUCUUUAUUUGGCCAUAAUCAUACUGUUGGGUAUUACUGGUCUUUACACUAUCACAGGUGGCCUUGCUGCUGUGAUUUACACAGACACCUUACAGACCGCCAUCAUGCUGGUGGGAUCCUUUGUUCUCACAGGAUUCGCAUUUGCCAAAGUAGGAGGAUAUGAGGCCUUUAUGGAGAAAUAUAUGCAAGCAAUUCCAAGCAACACCUCCUAUGGAAACAUUACCAUUGACCCAAAAUGCUACACUCCUCGGGCAGAUUCUUUCCACAUCUUCCGAGACCCGAUCACUGGAGAUCUGCCAUGGCCGGGCCUUACGUUUGGCUUGAGCAUCCUCGCUUUGUGGUACUGGUGCACAGAUCAGGUUAUUGUUCAACGAUGCCUCUCGGCCAAGAACAUGUCCCAUGUGAAGGCCGGCUGUGUUAUGUGUGGGUACCUGAAGCUGCUGCCCAUGUUUUUGAUGGUGAUGCCUGGGAUGAUCAGUCGAAUUCUGUACACAGAUACGGUGGCUUGUGUCGUGCCCUCAGAAUGUGAGAAAUACUGUGGCACCAAAGUUGGCUGUUCAAACGUUGCUUAUCCAAAAAUGGUGGUGGACCUUAUGCCGAAUGGUUUGCGAGGUCUGAUGUUGUCAGUCAUGUUGGCCUCUCUCAUGAGCUCCCUGACUUCCAUUUUUAAUAGUGCUAGCACUCUGUUCACCAUGGACAUCUACACCAAAAUACGAUCCCGGGCAACUGAGCGAGAACUCAUGCUGGCUGGAAGGUUAUUUAUCUUAGCUUUAAUUGGUGUCAGCAUUGCUUGGGUUCCUGUGGUGCAGUCAGCUCAGAGCGGGCAGCUCUUUGAUUAUAUACAGUCUAUCACCAGCUACCUGGGACCACCCAUUGCUGCUGUCUUCCUGCUUGCUAUCUUCUGUAAGAGGGUCAAUGAGGAGGGUGCCUUCUGGGGCUUGGUCAUUGGGCUGCUCAUUGGGCUGGCUCGAAUGAUUGCAGAGUUUGCCUAUGGAACUGGCAGCUGUGUAAACCCCAGCAAUUGUCCAAAGAUCAUUUGUGGAAUUCACUAUCUGUACUUUGCUAUAAUCCUUUUUGGGAUCUGCACCAUCAUCAUCUUGGGAGUCUCACUGAUAACUAAACCCAUUCCUGAUGUACAUCUUUACCGCUUGUGCUGGUCUCUGAGGAACAGCAAGGAGGAACGUAUUGACCUGGAUGCACAUGAGAAGAUUGAGGAAGCUGAGAAACAAACAAUUAGUGAACUGGAAAGCACAGGGGUUUGUGAUGAAGAGCAAGGAUGCUGUAAGAAGGCCUACAACUGGUUCUGUGGCUUAAAUCAGAAAAAAGGUCCCAAAUUGAGCAAAGAGGAGCAGGAAGCGAUAGAGAAGAAACUGACUGACACUUCCGAGAAGCCAAUCUGGAGAAAUGUUGUGAACAUAAACGGCGUCAUUCUACUGACUGUGGCUGUAUUCUGUCAUGCCUUCUUUGCAUAA